AAGGGUUUUGUUAGGUAGGCGGCUGUUGUUAGUAUAUACUUCCGGGUCCAAUGUCACGGUAUUGGAGGGACUAGCCGCGGAUCAGAUUAGCAUAUGCAACUAUUUGGCUAUAGACAGAGUCUCAUAAACCUACACCAUGCCAUAACCUUGUUGUUUUCAUUGUGCAUCUGUGUCUUCUGCCGUUGUCAAUGGCUCUGCUACAUUUUUCAAUCUCCGGCUGAGGACGAUAUCACAGCCACGGUCACCCAAAGCGCUAGAAUCGUAUCAGAACAAAUCUACCGCGGCAUGAAGAUUGGGUCCACCUUCGACUCCCAUCCCCACUAUAAAUUUUGCGUACGGCAACUCAAAUACAUCUUCCUGAGUGUACUCCAUAUAAAUGCAACGGAUACCGGGAGCAGACGUUUACCAGUAGCUUCCCGUGACCAUGGCCAAUCCCCGUACUGUCGGUAUGGAUGUAGGUAGAGUGCGGUACCCACCUCCACUCAUACAGUUUUUUAAAACGACUGUAUGGAGGUAACCAAGUUCCG